AACUAACUUUUUCUUCUUUUUAGCAAGCAAACAAAACAUUACAUCAUCAAUACAUGGCAUAACAUUGCGUAACAAUAAAUUCAAUAGCAUAUAACAAUAGCGCAUGCACCAUAAUCAAAGGUUUACAAUCAUUACAUAAGCAAGAGUUCGUACAUCAAGUCCAUUAAAAGUUCUUUUACUUCUUUGUUUUCUUUUCAGUUAAACAACAUGUAACGAAGUUCUUUCUUUUUUUCUCUUUUAAGUUAACAUCACAGUUAACAGUUCUUUUAACACAUGUAACGACAAGUACAUUUUUCUUGGAAGAAUAUUUACACAAACCUUUACCGUAAUAAUUUCCUUUCUUUCAAAACUCUCACUAUAAUCCACAAAGUAGUGACCAGCUGACUACUACGAUCUCUUGGCUGCCACAACAGUUCCAUCCCUGUCCCUCUCUCUCUGAGACUCUAUGCAUUUCUGCUUACUCGUACCUGCUGACCAUAGGCCCUCUCUCUCGGCCUCUCUCUGUCAAACUUAUCACUCUUCAUCUUCACUGGCUCUCGUUCUUCAUUCAACUACUGGACAUCUUCACUUCAUCCAACUCCCUGGCCAACUGCCUUCGCCAACUGCUUGAUCCCAACUCCGUACGCCAACUGCUUCGGCCAACUGCCUGUACCCAACUCGACUGCCUGUUACUAACUCCGUACGCCAACUGCUUGAUGCCAACUCCCCUCGCCAACUGCUUGAUGCCAACUGCUGCGGCCAACUGUUCGCGCCAAUUCUUUGUUUAUCACAAAUACCGUAGCUUUACAGUGCUACCUUACCCCCUCCCAAAGCUGGGUCAGUCUAGUACAAUUCCUCACUUGUUUUUCUGAACUUUUGGUGACCGGAAAGGGUCACCGAUCACUCCUACGCUAAAAAUAGCUGUACUUGUUCACAAGACAAAGGAAAUACCAUUAUCCUCAACAGCCAGAAUACGGUUUCAAAACCCAGCUCGGGAGAUAAUGAUAUAACAUUAAUUUGUAUUUUCGGUGGUCGCAUCAAUAUAUAUGUGUGUGUAGACAGACAAAUAUAUAUGUAUAUACACAUGCAACAUAUAUGUAAAGACAUACAUACAUACAUACAUACAUACAUACGUUUAGUGUACAUGAACAAAGGCACGAGGCCUAGUAGUUAGUCAAAACCGUGGCUACUAUGCUCGGGGCGGGCAGUGCAUUAUGUUCUUGAGUAAAACAUUAAAACAUUUCAUUACACGUUGUUCUGCAAUCACUUCGACAUUUGAUAUGUUGUACGCCGUGUACCAGCACAGGCAAUGUCGAUUUGGAUGGAGAGAGUGAGCUAACGUACAACACCAGCAUAUACGACGCGAGAGUCCGCCAUACAUACAUGCUCAGAGAAACAGAAAUCUCACAUACACACAUCUAGACAAAGUGGGCAAGGUGGCAAAUUGGCAAAAAUUUUAGAGCAUCGAACAGAAUGUAUUGCAGUGUUUUUUUCGGUCUUUCUAAUCUCUGAGUUCAAAUCCCACCGAGUACAGGUUUGCAUUUCAUUGUUUCCGCGUCAAAAAUGAAACACCAAUCAAGUACUGAUAUACUUAUCUUACCCUCAGAAUUUACUAUCGUCAGCAAGAUGUUGACUUGCAGAAAAUAAAACGAAGGAAGUGGACGGUAAACCGUUUUCAUAUUAUCCCACGAAAAUUCCAUAACAAGCGCCAUAAUAAAGACCUCACAUUAUUUCCGUUAAUGAAUCAAUUUUUGAUAUACUCUAUUUUCCUUUUUCAUAUGUUACUCUUUAUUCGGGGAAAGAUGUGUGUGUGUGUGUGUGUGUGUGUGUGUGUGUGUGUGUGUGUGUGUGUGUGUGUAUUUAUGUGUAAAGGCUAGAAGGCUGAAACUCCGAAAUCACUAUUAACCUCUUCUUGUAAAAGAAUAUAUAUAUAAUAUAUUUUAUCUAUUUCUUUAACAAUUAUUUUCGUAUAAAUCAGGUAUUCGGGAAGACAACUAACACUCCUAAAAACUGAAUUGCUAUAUUAUGUUAUCACCUUAUGCAAAGUACAUCAUCAUCCUGGCACAUGUUGAGACCACUACCAGACGAAGGCCUCACCAUUUUCUCUACACCAAAUACGAUUUAAUGUUUUCUGCAUCCAUGUUUGGGCGCUAAAGAAUUUAGCAAAAACUCUAUUCCAACUUCUGCUCUUUCUCUCCUUUUUCUGGAUGUGGUAUCCACUCUCACAUUUUUUUUCAGACCGGUAUGAUCUCAAAAAUUCAAUCAUUUAGUGUUAAUUCUUUAUAAUCAAAGAAUACACACUACUAAAUGAUAUAUCAUUCUUCAUUGAUAAUCAUGAAAUAUAUCAUAUCUCCUUAUUUGUCAUUUACGUAUAGAAUAUAUGCCAAUGAUCAAAUAACACUUGUCGAGAAAGUCUACCCCAGUUCAAUUAAUAUAUAAGGAACAACUCAUACGGCAAACAUUUUCUGUUCAAUUCUUGGGAAUGAGACUCUGGAGGUCUAGAAACGUUGGAUAUGGAUUUAGGAACUAUUUAAAAAUAGUUAAAAUGUAUGUAAAAAUAUAUGUGUGAGCAUAUGUAUGCCAAACUAUAUACAUUGCCUUGCAGGUAAUUUGAACCUAAGAUAAGAUCGUUUGUAAGAAGUGUAUACGCAUAUAUAUAGAGAGAAAAGGGAGCAAGGGAAAAGGCUAGGAAAAGGGACGUACGUCUAUAUAAAUAACUUACUGUUAAUAAAAGGCAGACGGCGUUUCGUUCCGUUACUUAAUAGGUGAAAAAAUGUAUAUAGUAAGCACACAAACGAAAUGUAAAAGACAUAAUGCAUAUUGAGUGCACAAACGGACAGAAGACAGACACAGAAGGUCCCUAAUUCUUAAUCAGUUAUCGACCAGAUAAUCACACAGCAAUGUCUGUAUCCUAUGUCGAUUAUAACUACACUAUCGUAAUGUACCUGGUGGAAAAUGAUGUCUAGCUAUUUAUUUGUUAUAUGGUGGUCUUUCUACAUGUUAAAGUGUAUUUAUCUUGAUGUAUUGUCAGUUCUUCUCUGACAGGUAUCAGUGGGAUAUAGCCUUUUUUCUCGAUCUGCUGUACAUUGCGAUCUACAUUGUUCAGUAUAGAAUUAUUUAAUACAGUAAGAUGUGAUUUGAAGGUGAUCUAGUUGCAAUUACUCGCAGAUUAGUAACCGUGUAGAGGAUCACUCGUUAGAUAUCUUUAAGUUGUUAAAUUGGACGACUUCACCUUGUUAUUGUGCUUUGAUAUAACAAUGUAUUAUUCUUUAGCAUAGCAGGAUAUUCGAAACAAGUAUCACGGAAAACACGCAACUGUAAUUCACGGAUGUUAGUGCUAAUUACAUUGUCGGAUCGUAUUAAGUAUAUGGGUGUGUACGAGUGUAUAAAUUCAUGUGCUCACGCACACACACAAACACACACACACACACACACGCACACACACGCACAUACACACACGCACACACGCACAUACAAGCACGCACACAAACACACACACACACACACACACACACACACAUAUAUAUAUAUAUAUUGCUUUAACUUAUUAUGUGGAGAGUAUCGUUGCUUUAGCUUUAUACUGUUGUCAUUGUUAUUGAAGUCUUAUUAUCAUAUUUACUGUGAAUCUCCAAAGCUACCACAGGGAGCCAUACUUUCUGUAUUGAACUGAGAAAACACAGCCCAAAAUCGGGAAAGCAUGUCGUCGUUUAUGUAUUCAAUGCAGAAUGGAACAACAAACAGUACUGAAUAUAGUAUCACCAUCGAAGAACUCAACAGACAACAAGUUUUGAUAAGACUUCCGUUUACUAUUCUAAUUGCAUUAACAAUGACCAUUGGUUUCGUUGGAAACAUUUUAACUAUUUACGUUUACGGAUUUCGUUUGAAAUUAUCACCAACUUAUUUGUUUGUCGUCAUGCUGGCUUGUACUGAUUUGAUAAUAUGUGCCUGUGUGACACCAGCUCGUAUUGUCCAAAAUAUUUACCCUAUGAUGACAACCUGGGAUAUAUUGUGCAAGUUCCAUUUGAGCUUAUCAGUAUUCACAGGACUAUGUAACUAUGGUCUUCUACUGGCCAUUGCAACGGAUAGAUACAGAAAAGUAUGCCAACCACUGAAGUCUCAGAUAACAAUGACAGCUGCUAAAAUCAUCACAGCCUGUAUUUUUAUUUUCUGUGCAACACAGGGAAGUAUUGCUCUUCUUUACUAUGGAAGUAUCAAGAAACCGACUAAUUAUCCUGGUAUCUAUAGCUAUUCCUGCUCAGCAAAAAACUACAAGAAGCCUAACUAUUACCAGCUUGGAUUCUUUGCUCUCUACUUUCUGCUAGCAGUGUUUACGUUUGUUAUUCUUGUUGUUCUCUACGCCAUAAUUCUUCGACAUAUGAAGGUAAUGAAUAAAAAAAAAAUUGCUAUAUCCCAACAAAAUAGGAAUAGUAUUGCAAACGUCCCCUGUCCUGAUAACAUUCAACAAAAGUGGCUUGAUGCACCAGAAAUGAUUGAUCCUAAUCGAUUAUCCUCGAGCGUUUCUCUGGAUGUAGUUGAAUUGUCAGUUACCGAAAUAUCAUCGAAAGUUUCCUCGGAUGAGAUAUCAACGGCAUAUGCGAAAAACAUUGCACCUCGUAUGACAAAAUUACGGGAAGCGGACAGCGAAAGACGAGCAAAAGAACAAGCCAAGAGGACAAAACGUACCACUAUAACGAUGAUGAUGAUUACAGUUGUCUUUAUAGUGACCUAUUUGCCUUGCACCGCUACCUUGAUAGUAAAUGCUAUUGUGAAGUCACUAAGCUCGGUUCCGAAAGCAGCAUUGUUUUUCUAUUGGUUUGCACGGCAUAGUUUUUACAUCAGUUCUUGCUCAAAUCCCAUUAUUUACAGCUGCAGGAACAAGAAUUUUAUAGACGAAAUAAAAAAGAUGUUUGGAGUAAAACAGAAAUAAAUUGAAACAAACUGCGAAAUGGAUGCGAAAACUCUAACAAAAAAUCUAAGAGAUACACAGCUGCUGCUGCUGCUGCCUCUUCUUCUUCUUCUUCUUCUUCUUCUUCUUCUUCUUCUUCUUCUUCUUCUUCUUCUUCUUCUUCUUCUCUCUCUCUCUCUCUCUCUCUCUCUCUCUCUCUCUCUAUAUAUAUAUAUAUAUAUAUAGAUAGAUAGAUAGAUAGAUAGAUAGAUAGAUAGAUAGAUAUAGAUAGAUAGAUAGAUAGAUAGAUAGUUAGUGUAUGUAUGCAUACACGCAUGCUAUCUACAUACAUAUAUAAAUGCAGGAGAGUAUUGUAGUUCGCUUGAAGCAUUGUGUAUUGUUUGUAAAGAAUAAAAAGUUUUUAAUGGUACGACAAUGCACUAUAAUACAAAUAUAAUGCAUUCAUAAAAAGACAUGCACUCGGACAUAUAUACAUACAUAUAUACAUGCAUGCAGAUUAUUUAUAUAUAUAUAUAUAUUUGUGUGUAUGUGUGUAUGUGCGUGUGUGUGUGUGUGUGUGUAUGUAUGUGUGUGUGUGUGUGUGUGUGUGUGCAAAGGCUCGAAGGCUGAAACUUCGAAAUCACUGUCACCCUUUCUUGUAAAAUCUUAUAAAAAAUAUAUUUUAUCUAUUUCUUCAACAUCUAUUUUAUAUCUUUAUAAAUUGGGUUUUCUAGAAGACAACGAAGACUCCCAAGAAUGUUUGCCCCAUUUUUAUGUAUCAAUAUUUGCAUAAAACUAAGGCGGCAAGUUGGCAGAAACGUUAACACACCGGGCGAAAUGCUUAACGAUAUUUCGUCUGUCUUUACGUUCUAAGUUCAAAUUCCGCCGAGGUCGACUUUGCCUUUCAUCCUUUCGGGGUUGAUAAAUUAAGUACCAGUUGCGUUUUGGGUUGAUAAAUUAAGUACCAGUUGCGUAUUGGGGCCGAUCUAAUCGACUGGCCCCCUCCCCCAAAAUUUGGGUCCUUGGGCCUAGAGUAGAAAAGAAUAUUUGCAUGAAACUUAAUUCUUGUUCCCCUUUUAUAAUCAAAGAAUAUCCACAACUAAAUUUUAUAUAAUUUUCCAUUGAUAAUCAGUUGGUCACAAAAUAAAUCAUAUCUCCUUCUGUCAUUUACAUAUAUAAUAUAUUCUAACGCUCAAAAACCAUGGUGAGAACGUCUACACCGAUUUAAUCAGUAUAUAUUUAAAAAAAACAAUACAAACGCCAAAUACAUUCAAUUCUUGAUAAUGAUGUUGUGAAGGUCCAGAAACUUCGGAUAUGGAUUUACGUACUCUACUCUUCCAAACCAGCUGUGGAGAGCUAAUGAAUAUGAAAAGUGUAAAAUAAAAAAGAUAAAGCUUCAAUAUAAUCGAGUAUUUAAUAAAACACGCAUAAAAGAAAGGCCAUUUCGUAAUAUCAUAGUGGUAUGGAUAUAGAACCGAGAGAAACUAAAUAUGAUCUAAAUAUGAACUUUGGACUCUACUCACCUCAAGCCAUGCAUGUAUACAGCUAUCAUUGGAUCAUGUUAAUGCAAUAAUAUGUAAUGAUAUAUGUAACUUUCAGCAUCUACCAGCUAAUACUGAUGAGCUGAAAGAAUUGUAGUGAUUUGUAAUAAAACCGUUCCUUUAUUCCAA